CUCGUGGGUUUAUUUUAUUACAGAACUCAAAUGUCUAAAUGAUUUUGAGUUGAUGUUAAUUUCCUUUUUGAAAUGACUUUUAUUGAAAAUAGUAAUUAAUUAAUGGUUGAAAAAGAGGACCACCUUUGAUUUUGUCAAAUUUAUCCGCUAUAGUUUUAUGUGGUUGCAAAUGGACUUUGAACAUACAGGAAACAAGGUCAAAAGACUAAUUAGAUUAUUGUUUUUCAUUUUGAGAGAUUAUAAAUGGACUAUCCUAUCAUCUAGUUGGUGGAUAUAGUAAAUGUAUGUCUUUUUUGUUUCCGACACACAAGUGGGCUAAGUAACUACAAAGAUGAUUUGGCUACUAUGUCUACACUUCAUCCAAAAAGUUGAUAGAAGAUUUGUCUCUUAUCUAAUAUUCAAAGGCGUGUGCACAUGUCCAAUAGGGGGGUUGCACAUGCACUCAUGAUCUUUUCAAAAAAAUAAUACAUUUCUUCACUAAUUUUCACAUGCAUCUAUUGCAAUUUUUUAAGUUUAUACUAAUUGUACUAUUUUGUGCACUAAUUAAAAAGUAGGCAACACCUUGAGGCCAAAGUGUAUCCAUUGUCCAUCCCUCUGACUAGGACACUUACAACCAAACGAAUUUAGCCUCUUUAUAUAUAGAUGUAUUUUUAUCCUCUCUGUCUUGUCUACAGAGGAACUAAAGUGAAUUGAGUCAGAAAAAAGAAAGAGGGUAACAUGGAUGCUUGUUUUCUUACCUCAAGAUCAAUCUCUGGUGUUAAAGAUAUUGUCCCGUUCACCAAAGCCAGAAUCUAUUCUUGCCUCAAGAGAAGCUCCGGCAAGUUCCUCACCAGGAAGGUUGCUGCUCCCAUCUCUGUAAAAUGUUCUGUUUCGGAUUCAUGGAAGCCAUUGGAGAGUGAUACUGAUCUCAUCAAGGAUUGUGUCAACAAAUCUAAAGCAGAUGCUGACUGGAAAGAGUUCAGAGCGAGGCUCGUGGCUGGGGAGCAAGCUGCAACCUCCGACAUGGUGGUGGACUGUUCAUCAUCAACGUCCUCACGGAUCACUCUUGGAGACAAAUGGGCACACAAGAUCAGCGAGCCAGAGCCAGGAUGUCUCCUAGUUGCAACUGAGAAGCUAGACGGAGUCCAUAUCUAUGAAAAGACUGUGGUUCUUAUCCUCUCUGUUGGACCCUCAGAUACUAUAGGAGUCAUCCUCAACCGUCCAUCGCUGAUGUCAAUCAAAGAGACAAAGUCAACUGUCUUAGACAAGGCGGGAACGUUUUCAGACAAGAGACUCUUCUUUGGUGGACCUUUGGAAGAAAGGUUGUUCUUGGUGAGUCCAAGAAACGGCGAAGACAACGAGGUUGAGAAGAGUGGGGUGUUCAGACAAGUCAUGAAAGGAUUGUACUAUGGGACGAGGGAGAGUGUAGGAUUGGCUGCAGAGAUGGUGAAGAGAAAGUUGGUGGGAAGAAGUGAGGUAAGGAUCUUUAAUGGGUACUGUAGUUGGGAAAAAGAGCAGUUGAAAGCAGAUGUGUUGAGAGGGUAUUGGACAGUGGCUGCAUGUAGCUCAAGUGUUGUUGAGCUUGGUUCAGCUGUUCAAAGUCAUGGUCUUUGGGAUGAGGUUGUUGGGCUUAUUGGCCCUCAAAGUGGCUCUGCUAUCUAAAACUGUGUUUAAUGUAAUGAGUUUCUAACUAGUAGUUUAUGUCAGUGAGUCAUGACUAUAUUGUGUAUGUUUUAUUAGGGUAUGUAUUGAGGAUUCAUCACUAAUUUAUGAGGUGUUUUUGUAACAUACUUCUGAACAACUUAGUAGAAAAAGAAUUUCCACAGUAA